AAAUUCACUGGUACAAUGACUUGUAAUAAUUUCCGGGUUGACGCAUAUUUCUGUUGUACUACCUUUCACCUUGGCAGGAACAAGCAUUGCACACUGAUUGGUUAUCAGCAAGUUAAAAGAGGUCCAUCUGCAACAUCGCGUCAGCAGGAGCCACCUUAUUCCACAACUCAGAAUUGUGAGGACCAACCUUCGGUACUGAAUAGUGGUUCUGAAUAUGAAAGUUCAAGAGCAGGUUUGAUAAAAAAGAGGAAGGAUCUUCUUGAUCCUCCAGUGAAACUACAACACGCCAAAAGGCACAUGGGAUUUUGUGGAACUGAUGAUGUCCAGGACAUUAGUGAACAGCCUGAAAAUAGCGUUGAGGACAUGAUGCAAGGUUCACAGAAGAUACUUCUGAUGCAGGAAAACAAAAAACUUCGGUUACGGCUGCUUUCAUUGGAUCAAACGGUGCAAGAACUUAAUUUGAAGGUGCAACAACUUAAGGAUGAACUAGAGAAUGUGCAACAACAGAAUGAACUGAGGCAGACGCUGCUUGAAUCAUACCCAUUGAAUAAAUACGAGCAGCACGUUUGCUAACUAGCUCUCUCUCUCUGUUGGGUCCCACUUCUACUGCUUGAAUCUUUGUGACGGGAAGCGAGGAUGAUGGAGGAUCAUUCCUCCCUCGUUCUUGGCUUUCAAUCUUCAGGAAAACAAGACAAUAUUGGAGUGACUAACUAGCUAAGCUAGACAGAUCUCAACUGUAACCCCUCAGGUGUCCACGAGUUCACUCACAUAAACGGGUGGGUGACUGUGAGACGUUGACUGAACAAAAGACGAUCGUUCGUCAAAGGCCAGUCGCCCAUGUGCGCGUGACAUGCUAACACUGCUCAUUUGUUUAAUUA